GUUCUGUUGGUUUUGUUUACAGAGUCUGAUGGCAGGUUCAGGGUGGUGGUUCCAGAAGCUCCUGUUUCCAGUGUUUAUGGUUCUGAUGUUGUUCUGCCGUGUUCUGUACGAGAGCAUAAUGAUCAGAACAUCAGGAAGAACGCUGUGGAUCUGAACGUUACUUGGUCCAGAUCAGACCUGAGAGAUUCACUGGUUCAUCUCUAUGGGAAUCAUAAAGAUCUAAACACAGAUCAGAUUCCUUCAUACAGAGGAAGAACCGCUGUGUUUAAAGAGGAGCUGAAGAAUGGAGACGUCUCACUGAAACUCUCCAACGUUCGGAUUACUGAUGAAGGAGAAUACAGAUGCAGAGUUGACUCUAUGAUCUGGGAGAGUUAUAAAACUAUUAAACUCUCAGUUGAAGCUGUGGGAAGUGAACCAGUGAUCACUGUGGAGAAAUAUGAAUCAGGAAAGUUCAGUUUACUGUGUGAAUCUAAAGGCUGGUAUCCUGAACCUGAGCUUCAGUGGAGGAACUGUAAAGGAGUUAAGCUGACUGCAGAAACAGAAACUCAGCCAGUCGCUGAUCUCUUUAAUGUGAAAAGCAGAAUCACGGUAGAGAAAAUCGACUUAUACUUCUGCAAAUUGACACUGAGAGAUCAUGAGAAGGAGGGUGCUCACACCCUGUUUGAUCUGGAAGCCCAUUUGUGGAAAUCAGUUGCCAUUGGUGUUUCAGUUCUGUUUUUGGUCCUGCUCAUCACAAUAGGAGUCAUUGCCUGCAACUGUCCAGAAAAAGGUCACCAAGAAUCCGUCUUCUCUCCUGCUCAGUGGACAAAGGUGGAGUUUACACCUCUGCCAGAAGAAGAGCUGGACCUAAGAACAUACGAACUGUUAAAGGAAUAAUUUUGUAAGCAGUACAUUUCAGAAAUGUUAAUUGAGUAUUUUCAGGAAGUAAUAUAUUAUACACAUCCAAGAGACCACUGCAAAUGUAUCAAUUUUUCGGAUUUUACUUUUUUUAUAGGUACAUGUUUGAGUAGAAACAACAAUACUAAUGUUUUACCUGAGGAAGAGUUCAGAAAUCAGUAUUUGGUGGAAAAACCCUGAUUUUUAAUCACAGCUUUCAUGUGUCUUGGCUUGCUUUCCACUAAUCUUUCACACUGCUUUUGGAUGACCUUAUUCCACUCCAGGUGCAAAAAUUCAAGCAGUUCAGCUUUGUUUGGUGGCUUGUGACUAUCCAUCUUCCUCUUGAUUAUUUUCCAGGGGUUUUCAAUGGGGUUCAGGGCUGGGGAUGGAGGGCUGGCCAUGACAGGGUCUUGAUCUGCUGGUCCUUCAUCCACACCUUAAUUGAUCUAGCUGUGUGGCAUGCAGCAUUUUCUGCUGGAAACUCAGAAUAACCUUGUAUGUGGCUUGAUUCAUACGUCCUUUGCUAAGAUGAAGCUGCCCAAUUUCAGCCUUGCUGAAGCAUCCCCAGAUCAUCACCGAUCCUCCACCAGAUUUCACAGUGGGUGCAAAACACUGUAGCUUGUACGCCUCUCCAGGUAUCUGUUCAUCUAUUAGAUGACCAGGGGCCUCAUGUACUAAAGGUGCGUACGCACAAAGACAUUGCGUACGCCAUAUUUCACGCUCACGGUCAGAUGUACUAAAUUUGACUUGAACGUGAGAGAGUGCGUCCCCCCACGGCACUUUCAUUUCUGCCGUACGCCUUUUUUUGUGCAUAUGUAUUGUGUUUUUUGUCAUUUGGCGACACUUAGAGGCGAUGCGUUGAAAUUACAACUAUUAAGAUAUCCUUUAUGCACACAUUGUAGUAAGCCAUUAUUGGGUAAAAUAAAGUAAAUUAAUCAGACAAUUUUAUUGGCUUACAGAAAUAAUCGUUCAACGUGUUUCCACUUAGCCUAGAUUAUAUAAACAUGCAUAAAGUUUGCGCUGGAGUUGUUGAAGAUGAAAGCGUUGGCAUUACUAGAAAAUAUUGCUAAUGGCCAAAUUCACUGAGAGCGCAUUUUCCGUGACCAUUAUGUUUUUUUGGCCCAUGAUGAUGAUGACUGGAUUAUAAACCGUUUUAGAUUUCCAAGAGCAUUGAGGAUUAGAAAACAAGAUGAGUGCGUGACAUGUAGCUUCUUGGUAAGCAACUCAUUUAAAGCAUUUAAAUGAAAGCAUUUAUUAUCCAUCUUAGAAUAAUACAUUUAAACAUGGGUAAUUAUUAGUUAUUACGCUACACGUAUAUAAAAUUAAUAAUAAUUAUUAUUAUUAUAACAUUAUACUCUGCGUAAUUGAGGGUGGAGUCGUGGCAGGUGUGAUGUUUUCGUGCACUUGCGCUUGAUUUCAAGUUGAUUGCGAUGUACUAAGAGAAAGUACUUGGGAUUCUGCCUACGCACGGUUUGAUAAAUCCAGAUGUUUUUGUGCGUACGGAACUUUUCAGGUCUGAGCGUACGGAACAUUUUAGUAGGAAGUUCACGCAAGUCUUAGUACAUGAAGCCCCUGGUGUUGGACAAAGCUGAAAAUUGGACUCAUCAGAGAAGAUGACCUUACUCCAGUCCUCUAUGGUCUUUUGAAAACUUCAGCCUGGCUCUCCUUUGCUUCUCAAGGCUUUUUAUAUACCUUUAUAUGACUUGAGCUCUGCCUCUAAGAGCUUGUUACCAAAUGUUCCUGCUGUGCACUUCACCCCAGCUGCCAUUUGCCAUUCCUUUUGUAGGUCAAUGGAUGUCAUUCUGCGGUUGCUGACUGACAUUCAAAUAAGAUGACAGUCAUCCUGGUCAGCAGAGAGUCGAUUUCGCUCUUCGAAAUUUUGCUCACUGUAUCCCUCUGCCAGUAAAGCUAGAAUUGAGCCCUUCUUUUCCUCACUCAAGACUUUUCUUUUCAACUCCUUUUCUGAUUCCAGUUCCUUUAGAGAUAUUCCCAGCACUUGUUCUGUCAUCCAGCUUGUCCUAUUGCAAGAGGAUUGUGAUGACCACAGCAAUGUUUUUAUACUCUCCUCGUUAAAUAAGAUUUGGUUCAGGUGAUUAUCUAAUCUGAAGCACAUUAAGUAGAAUGAGGUGCACUUGGGUUGGAAUUUAACUAACACUGGAAUGGAAUCUUUUGUAGAGAUGCUGAUUUUUAGAAAACUUUGCAGUGGUCUCUUAAUUUUUAUCCAGAGCUGUAUAAAUCACAAUAGAUUAGAUACGGUAUAUGUUUUAUGAUGGACGAUGCCUGAUGUUUACAUACAAUGUGUCUAUAUUGUUAUAUUGUGAAAUGAGAUUUUAACUUGUUCCUAUGAUUCCUAUGAUCUCUGGCUAUAAGUGCAGCUCUAGCCAGAGGAGGUGUUGUUCUUAAGAUUCAAGCAUUGUUGUAUACAGUUGUUACUUCUCUAUGCCUUGAAAAAUGCAUCUGAUUGAAAUCCUGCAGAUUAAAGUAAUUUUUGCAUGUG